AUGGCCGAAGAGGCAAACCCGAUCUCCUACGAAGACCUCGACGCAAUCGAGGAUGAGUUUCAAGACAUCGACACCCAAAUAUUGCGCACCCAAUACGAGCUCUCCGCAGACGUCUAUGCAAAACGCGCGCAAGCAGUCGCGCGCAUCCCUCACUUCUGGCCGCUCGUACUGGAACAAGCGCCCCCCGAAAUCGACCAGUACAUCCUACCCCAAGACUCGCGCAUCUUCGGCGAAAGCCUGAUCAAUCUCGAGGUGCGGCGGCCGGAACUCGGUGGCAAUAAGGGCUUGGGGGAUCCGAGAAGCUUGGCGUUCAAGUUUGAAUUCCGACCGAACGAUGACUUUGAAGAUGCGGUGCUGGAAAAGACGUUUUGGUAUCGCCGGGCGAGGGAUGGGUGGACGGGGUUGGUCAGUGAACCCGUGAAGAUCAAUUGGAAGAGUGGGAAGGACAUCACACAGGGCUUGACCGACAUGGCGAAAGCGCUGUUCGAUGCCAGGCGCAAGGCGGGCAACAUGACGGCUACCGACCUACCCGAGUACACGGCGCUGAGGAACAAGGUGGAGUCGUGGGAUGCGCUCAACACCUCCUUCUUCACGUGGUUUGGAUCGGUCAGUGGGCGGCGAUAUGUGACGGAAGAGGAGAGCAUCAAGGCGAAUGAAGACCACGCUGCGUUGAAAGCGAGGCGGGCGGCGGGAGAGACAGUCGAGUUUCCCGAGGAGACGGACUCGGACGACGACGAGGCGGCCGAGGUUCACCAAGGCGGAGAUGAGCUGGCCAUCUCGAUUGCAGAAGAUCUGUGGCCGAAUGCCACGAGAUUCUUCACGCAAGCGCAAGAGAUUGAGGAAAUGUCGGAUGCGGACUUUGAGGAGGAUGAGGAUGAGGAUGACGAGGACGAGGCGGUGGACAUUCGUGCGCUGGUGCGCGACAAGAGCGGCAGUAGUCGGGCGGCGAGACACGCUGAUGAGCCGCCCAACAAGAAGCUCAAAAGGUGA